CUUGUCCAUCAUCUCUAGUGAGACAUCACUUUUAAUUGUUACUUCAUUCAACACAGACAAGUCUGAAUUCUAAAUUAUUUAAACAACAUGAAAUUUAUUUUGGUUUUGUUCAGCAUCUUUGCUUUGAUUUUUGCUUCAGUACAAGCUGUUGAUAAGUCAGCCUGUUCUCAGCCCAAAGAAAUCGGACCUUGCCGUAAAUCAGAUUUGCAAUUCUUCUACAAUGCCGACUCCAAAGCCUGUGAACAAUUCUUCUAUGGUGGCUGCCACGGCAACGACAACCGUUUCAAUACCAAAGAAGAGUGUGAGAAAUUGUGCCUUUAAACAAUUUCUGUUUUGUGAUUUAAGCAGAGUUUAUUUUUAAGUUUUUUGCUGUUAUAAAUACAUACAUUUAAUUUUUUGUUUUAUUUUAAUUAUCAUUUCAAAAAAAAUACAUACAUUUAUACCUAACAUUACGUAA